CGUAUAUAGUACAGCUGCAGCGCGCCGGCCGCCAGCUAGUACCGAGCCGACGGUGACCUGCGCGUGUCGUCUGCGACACCUGAGCGAUAUAGCGACAGUCGACAGUUGACGGUCCACGAGACGAUUGGAUAUCAGUCCAGAUAGAACGAUGUUACCAGUGAGUCUACUCGGCGUGACGGCCGCGCUGCUAGCGGUAGCCAGCGGCCGGCCCCAGACGGGAGCCCUGUGGCACUCCAGCCUCUCCGACGGGCAGCUCUCGGGUAGCGUGGCGCGCGGAGGCGCCCUGAACAGCCACUUCGUGGCACCGCGGCCCGAGACCGGCGGGUUCCGUCCUCUGAAUCCCCGCCAGGGCCGGAGAAUCAGCGACGGCAGCGAGACCAACCGGCUGGCCACCACCACUACCACGCCCCGGCCCAAGUCCGGGAAGAAACUGGUCACCCUCCGGCCCAUCGGCAACAACAUUCAGGAAAUCCUCUUCAACAACAACUACCGCGAGACGCCCGGCGAGCACGAGCCGGAGCCCAACAAUAUCGACGACUACAGCCAGCUGGACGGCCUGCACCCCAGCGAGGUGUGGCUGCUCGACGACGACCUGCUCGUGCUCAAGGGCGGCGAACUGGCUGAGGGCUUCAUCGACACGACACCCAUCGACGACUACCAGGCGCCGUACAGGCAGCCGCGGUUCCCGCCGCCCGGCUUCAAGCCGGACGACGGUGUGGUGAUCCCGGGCGCUGCACCGCCGACCGGAGUUCACCAGCGCCAGCCGGAGGCCUUCAUUCCCGAGUUCGGUUACGACCCGUACGGCGCCGGCCGGUCGGCGCCCGAGCCGCGCCGCCUGCCCGCGCCCGCCGCCGCCGGAGCCGUGCCGCGGCACACGCACCAGCAGAUCACCUACGUCAAGGGCCGCGCCUUCCCGGGUGCACAGCCGACCGGCGGCCUCAUCCACAAUCUGGACGGCCUGCCGCGGUCCUUCAGUACCAGCAACAGCUACCCGGCACCAGCGGCGGCCGUGGCGCCUCAGCCGGCAGCGGCGGCGUUCGGCGCGCCGGCCUCCAGCAGUGUGUUCGGCGCCAGCGGCAACUACAUGACCUACACCAACCACGACGGCGGAUACAGCUACUCGUACAAGACGGACGGCAGGGCGCGCUGAGCGGCCACCGGCCCCACCACCGGCCGACGAGCCGUUCCCGAGGCUGUGUCACGUGCCGGCCGGCCGGGCAGCCAGCGGCCGCUCGCCGCCCGCCGGCCGACAUUGUUAUUGUUAUUGCCGUCCGCGCUGUUGUUAUUCAUUGUACAUAUGUCGCCGCCGUGUACAUACAUCCAUCGUGUUCAUUAGUCGUGUACAAUUGCAAAUACAGUCCACUCAUAGACGA